UUGAUAUGGUUACUGUGUCCAACUUUAAUCACUCGACACGUGAGUCAUAUUUCAUUUUGUUUGUAUGAAGAUCAGCGGAAAUUUCGUGUUCUUCGUUGGAUCUCAUUGGAUCUUGCUCAAUAUUCUCCGAUUAUUUUCAUCUCGCAAUGGCAAAUUCGGAUGAGACAAAGAUUAUUUGCGGAUGUCUAUAUAGCCCUGAAGACGAAAGUGUAAAGGACAAUUUUAAUGACGUUCCUAACAUUCAUGAAAUCGACGAGGAGAGCGAGACCGAAGAAACAACGAUAUUGGAACAACUGAAUCCUUCUGCUCCGGCCGAAGAUGAUUACGUUGCACAGGAGACUAAAGAUUCGUCGGAUGACGAAUCAGCAUAUGCAGGCGAGUCCUUUUACUCUGACGAGUCUUGCGACGAAUCCGAACUCACUAACAUCGCGUCAGGAUCGCUGAAUCCCUCCUCUCUAUUCCGCAUCGGUGAUCUUCAGCGCAGCCAGAGUUCGAAGGAGCCGGAUGCAGAUGUCAGGGAAUCAAGGUGGAAGGAUGAAUCUUUCUCGAUAAGUGACGAGCUGUCACGCGCGGUUACGAUGGAUAAAUUGACCAGGCCGAAGAGGUGCAAACGAUGGAACAUGAGCUUCACCGAUGAGGAGAUGCGUAGAAUCGAGCGGGAGAACGAACUGUUGCUGAGAAAGAUUAUGGCGCAGCAGAAACCGCGGCACAAGAUUCUCGGUGAACGCAGUGCUCAACCUAGGAUCAGCAGCUCCGCGAUAAACAGGAAAAAAUUGCAGAAGAGGAUAGAAGAUGACAAUCUGCUGCUUCUCAGAAAGAUACAACAGGCCAAAUCGUGCGUUUUCGCGAAUGCAUCAAAAACGGGUUGUAGAUUGACCUUUUUAUAGAGUCCUUUUUUUAUAAUUUAAAAAAAGAUUUUUAUAUCAUCUCAUUUAAGAAAUCGAAUCAAUCAUAUUUGCUGAGAGAUAUUUGUUAAGAUGAAUUUGAUAAACUGAUAUUACAGCUCUGUAGAGAAAUAACACAAAUAUAAAUCACAUGAAAUGACACAUUUUAUCGUUUUUUUAAUAUAUAUAAACUAUCACUGUCAUACUGUUUCACAGAAGAAAAGUUCAUGAUGUUUUUUUUUUUUCGAUUCCGAUAAUCUAUGAGGAAAAAGAAUUUUUACUUUUUGAAACAUCACUAUGCACUUUUUUUGUGACUUCUUUAUUAAAACACAACGAUUACCAGUCUUGAAGAAUAGGUACACAUUUCUUUCAUUUUUCAUAUUUUGUAUACAGCGCAACCUUGUAAAACUCGUCUUGAAAAUUUGCUCGAAGGUAUCUCUACAAGUCAAGACUAUAAAAAAUCACAGUUCUCACUUGUCUCGAAUAACUUAAUUAUCACUCGUGAUUAAUAUACCAAGAUCAGGGACUUUCGAAUAUUGCGAUAGUUUAUUUUCUUUUCUCCCCCCUUUUUAAAUUCUCCUUACAUACGCAUACGCGGACAAUGUCGCGAGAGAAGAGAAAGAGUGUGCUGUAAAUCAAGAAGCAAAUUAUAAAUUUCCGUAUAUAUAAGCCAUGUAUAAUGAUAUAGUUGUUCUUUUAAAUUAAUACGUGCUGUGAUUAUAAUAUGAAAAACUGUAUUUCCUUUUUUUUCCAUUUUUUUAUGCAAAUUCUGUAAUUCCACAUGUGCUAUUUCCAUUUUAUUUGUAAUCGUUCAAUCAAUAUAUAUAUAUAUAUAUCUCUUAUAAAACAAACCAAACAAAAAAAAAAAGAAUAA